UAGUUGUCUUUUGUUUAAUUUCCUUCGGCCAUCUUUGUUCUACGUGUUAAAGAAUAGCAUUGGGUAUCGACGUUUUUAGAGCUGUUUUCUUGUUUUAUCAUGGCUCAAGACCUGUGAGCUCACAGAAAAUGUUGACGCUGCAUCAUUUGUUGCUUGUGUUUCUGGCGAAUAUCGUUUUCUUUGGAUGUGUAUACACUGAACAGACCGAGACUUUUGAGAGCAGCACAACACAGAACAACUCUAAAAGAUCAAACACUGAGGAAAAAAAUUACAGAAUCCCUUACUACGGUGAAGUUCGCUAUCCCAUGUACGACGGGAAAAUUAUUUUAAUUGAAGGAUGGGCACCUCAUACAUCAGAAAGAUUUGUAAUAGAGCUGUGCAGGAUGCAAAACUGUCACUAUGACGUACCGUUGCAUAUGAGUGUUCGCCUGACCACGGGAAAAGUUCACCUGAGUUCUAAAAUAAAUGACGUGUGGGGACCUGAAUACAUUUUGAGUGCGACUUCAUUUCUCACAAGGCCAGUCUUUGAGAUAAAGUUUGUAAUCCAUGACACCAAGAUUAAGGUAUACGUCAAUGAAGUUUUGCUAGAAGAUUUUAGUCUACGAGGAGUCAACAAAGAAAACAUCAAGUAUGUGUCAGCACGCGAUGUUGUUGUAAUUGAAUGGAUACUAUUCAGUGUAGGUAUUGAUUGUAGAGUUUUAAAUUAAUGUGAGCAUUAAUGAGAAAAGCUAUUUU